ACGUCACCACUUCCUGCUCGCGCAGGUAUCUCGGUAUCGGACACACCUGAAGCUCCGGAUCUGCCGCAGUUUUACUUGGAAUCAACGACACAUUUCCACCGAAACUCUGGUUUAAACGACGCUUUUAUAUCUGGGGUUGAGGAAUUACACCGUGUUCGGAGGAGGCGAACUCUUAUAGUGCUGUUAAAUAGAUUUGUUUUGAAUCAUUUAUAAAGGGAUUUGACUGGAGGUUUUCUUCUUUUGGAGGAUGACUCCGGCUCGGCUCUGGUUCUUCUGGACCGCGGUGGUUCUGCACAUCUUUCUCCACGUGUCUCCAUCAGAGGCUCAGGAUGAAGGGAAACCCUGUAUGGAAAGAUUCAGUAAUGGCAAAGAGGAUUUCGUGUUGAACACGGAUGAAUCUGUGAAGGAAGGCGCCACAUUCCUGAGCUCUCCUCAGGUGACUCGGACUGAAGACUGUGUUCGGGCUUGCUGUAAUGAUCCGAACUGCAAUCUGGCUCUGAUGGAGCACGGACGAGACCCCAAAAGCAUCACCUCGUGCUUCAUCUUCAACUGUCUGUACAAACAGACGAAAGUCUGUCGCUUCGUGAGGAAGAAGGGCUUCAGCAACUACCUUCUGAAGUCUGUCUUUAAAGAUUACCUCGAGCAAAAGGUUUCAGACGUGGAGGACAAACCUCCGGUUGCAGUUUGCGGGCAGGACCGAGUCGUUCAACCGCAAGAAGAUGUGACGUUGAACGGCAUUGAGAGCAAAGACGAUAAAGAGAUCGUGAAGUAUGAGUGGGUGCAGGUGUCUGGAGACCUGUCGGCUGUUAUGAAGAAAGGGCCUUUUAAGGAUGCCGUGACCGUCUCCAAUCUUUCUCCCGGGAUGUAUAAGUUCAGACUCACGGUCACAGAUGACGCAGGACAGACGGGCUCGACCGAGGUCUCGGUUUUGGUCCUGACGCCAGAACAGUCACUCCAUCACUGUCUGGUGCCGAAGAAGGAGGGUCCGUGUCGAGGCUCGUUUCCACGCUGGCACUACAAUGCCGCCACUGAGAAAUGUGAGGAGUUCAAGUUCGGAGGCUGCAAACCCAACCGCAAUAACUACCUGGCGCUCAACGAAUGCGAGAACGCUUGUGACAAAGUUUCAGUUUCUUCUCCUCACCCAUCUGGAAGAUUAGGUCCGAUCCAUAAUGAUGAGCAGUGUGAGGUGCCGUGUGGUCCAGAACACUUCCCCUGUUCUAGUGGAUGUUGCAUCGGAAAAGAUUUCGAAUGUGACGGAGAGCGACAGUGCAGCGACGGUUCGGACGAGGCCGAAUGCGACAAACUGAACGAUAAGUUCAGUCGAUUGCUGAAAAUUCCUGUGGACACAUCCAAAGCUCAUUGCGUGGAGCCGCCGGUAACGGGAAGCUGUCGCGACAGCGCCACCCACUGGUACUACAAUCCGUAUAAACUGAGCUGUAAUCGCUUUAACUACGGCGGGUGUGAUGGGAAUAUGAACCGCUUUAAGACGCAGGACGAGUGCAUGAGUUUGUGCAGUUCAGUGUCUGAGUCUGACGUGUUUGCCGCACGUGGACAGUUUGAGAAGCAUGAAGGCGAGAGCAAUACAGCUGCCAUUGCGUUCGCAGUCGUCCUGGGCUUCGCCAUCGCUAUCCUGCUGGUUGUUAUUGCAUGUUGCCUCGUGAAGGGACGGAAGAAGCGUCAAAACAAACAUCAGCAAGUGGCUGUUAACGGCGGACACGUUCACGCUUACGUGGACUCCUCGGAGAAACACGUCUACAACAGCACAACCAAACCCGUCUGAACUGUGACGUGACGCAUGAAUUUGUAUAUGCAUUAUUAUUUUAUUUCUUUGGAUUAAGCUGUUUGUUUUUUUGAGUAGAAAUGCUGGUAAGGGUGUUCGGUUUGUUUGCAUUUGGUUUGAAAACACUUUUAUUACCAGCGACUUUUCAGAAUAAUAUGAAAUUGAUUUACUUGUCUUAUUUCUUACUUGUCUUUUGCUAUAUAUAAUAGCUUGUUGGAUUUCACUCAGGGGUGAUUAUGUUGCAAUAGCAAAUACUAAAGCUAGUUUUUAAAAUCCAAACCAUGAUCGCACAAAAGAUAUCGACAUUCUUGAGCCAUUUACUUUUUAGUUUGCAAUACGAUUAGUACAAUUAGUUUUUUUUUUUUUUCGUGCGUCUCACAGAAAUGCUGCCUCUCGACGGUUUAUAAACACCGAAUUGCUAUUUAGAAAUUCGUUACAUAUUUUAGUAUGUUUGAGAUCCAAGAUAUGGCUCUUUAUUUGUUUUUUUGUAUCCAUGAGCCACAUUUGUUUUUCUUUUAGUGUUCUUUUUUUAUUGUUUAUUUUUUUAAUAAGCUGAAAUGACCAUUAUAAAAUACAUUACCCCACAAUCCAAAUUUGUACAUAGGUUUUUUAAUGCUUUAUCUAUAGUGAUGUCUACACUGCUAAUCUCAAAAAGUCUCAAUAAAACUAUGUACAGAC